GGGGCGGGGAGCGGGAGGCGCGCGGGGCACGCCGGGAGGCGCCGUGAGGGGGUAUAAGAGCCGGCGGCCGCCGCCAUCUUCCUCUCGGCAGCGCGCAGCCAUGGGCCACCAGCAGCUCUACUGGAGCCACCCCAGGAAGUUCGGGCAGGGCUCUCGCUCUUGCCGCGUGUGCUCCAACCGCCACGGCCUCAUCCGCAAGUACGGGCUCAACAUGUGCCGGCAGUGCUUCCGCCAGUACGCCAAGGACAUCGGGUUCAUCAAGGUGAGCGCCGGGCUGCGGGACGGGGCUCCUCGGGGGUGCCGGCAUGGGCCACCAGCAGCUCUACUGGAGCCACCCCAGGAAGUUCGGGCAGGGCUCUCGCUCUUGCCGCGUGUGCUCCAACCGCCACGGCCUCAUCCGCAAGUACGGGCUCAACAUGUGCCGGCAGUGCUUCCGCCAGUACGCCAAGGACAUCGGGUUCAUCAAGCUGGACUGAGCGCCGGCAGGAUGAGGCGACAGCCAGGAGCUCCCGGGGCGUCCCAGGCCCUCCCUGACACAUCUGCAGCGUCUCGGCUCAGUCUCACCUAAUAAAUGGUCUCCUAACCCA